UAGCGAGCAAACUGUGCACACUUGAUACAUAACACCGCAUCGUCGCGGUCGUAAGAGAGCUCCAUACCACCGUUCUGUCCUAGAGGUAUCUGGUCUCUGGGGAUAGUUAUAAAAAAUUGGGCUACUCUUUUCGCAUGGGAGACAGAACAGUAGCUAAGAUUGUGAGUGAGGUUUCGGUCGCAAUAUAGAAAGCUAUGCAGCAGAUUUAUUUACCACAGCCAACAGAAGACAUGUGGAAGUCGAUCUCAAAUGACUUUGAUUCAAGGUGGAAUUUUCCACAUUGUGUAGGAGCAAUAGAUGGCAAGCAUGUCGGUAUUAAGAAGCCUAAUCAAUCUGGAUCAUCAUACUUCAACUACAAACACGACUUCUCCAUUGUAUUAUUGUCAGCUGUAGAUGCAAACAAAAAGUUUACUUUCAUUGAUGUAGGAUCCAUGGGAAGAUUUAGCGAUGGAAGUAUUUUUUCAAGUUGUGAAUUGGAAAAGAAAAUGGUUAUGGGGAAUCUAAAACUCCCCUCCCCUUCUCAGCUACCUUCUUUUCAACAUACAUUGCCCUACGUAUUUGUAGGGGAUGAGGCAUUCCCACUGAUGGUCAACUUGAUGAGACCGUACCCGAGAAAAAAUGUCACAACCAAUCAUGAAAAUAAAGUUUUUAAUUAUAGGCUCUCACGAGCAAGACAAACUGUAGAAUGUGCAUUUGGCAUCCUAGCCUCACGCUUCCGUGUGGUCUCAAGACCAUUUGAGAUUAAAGUUACAACCGUUGUUGAUGUCGUUAAAGCAGCUUGCGUUAUGCACAACUACUUGCGCAGAAAUGCUUCAGUAAACUGCGAAAAUGAAGAGGAUGAGGAUAUUGAGAGUUUGCCAACAGAACAACUGAUUCCAGUUAGAAGGAACCAAACAAGGUGUGUACAAGCAGCUUUUGCAAUCAGAAAGAAAUUUACUCAAUACUUUAACUCGGGUGGAAGCGUGUCUUGGCAAGAAGAAAGGGUUUCCCAAGGACAAUUCUGAUUUUGCUGUAUAACUAGU